AUGGCUAGCUUUGAUCAAGAGGCCAAAGAAGGCAAUGAUGCUAAGAAUCCAACGAACACUCCCGAUGCCCUGGCCGGGGAUGUUGAGGAAGCAAAUGGCAAUACACUUAAGAGGGCCCUCGAAGGCCGACACAUUCAGAUGAUCGCGAUGGGCGGAGCAAUUGGCGCAGGUCUGUUUGUCGGCUCAGGUGAAGCGCUUGCAAACGGUGGCCCUGCUUCUGUCCUGAUAGGUUAUCUUAUUGUGGGAGUUCUGCUGCUGUGCACAAUUAUGUCUCUCGGGGAACUAGCCAUUAUGUAUCCGAUUAAUGGAGCUUUCUAUCAAUAUAGCACUCGGUUCAUAGAUCCUUGUUGGGGCUUUGCGAUCGGUUGGGCGUAUUCCCUCGGCUGGCUUGUCACUUUACCCUUUGAAAUUACUGCAGCCAGUUUAACAAUCGAAUACUGGAACUCGGACUUGAAUCCCGCAAUAUUCGUUAGUAUCUUCCUAAUUGUGCUGGUCAUAAUUCAAGUCUUUGGAGUGCGCGGUUACGGCGAGGUGGAAUUUGUACUUUCCAUAAUCAAGGUGAUAGCAUGUAUAGGGCUGAUCAUUCUGGGGAUCAUUAUCAAUACCGGUGGCGUCCCUGGCAGUCCUCAAGGAUAUAUUGGUGGAAAAUAUUGGCGUGAUCCGGGCGCCUUUGCAAACGGGUUCAAAGGGUUCUGCGCGGUAUUUGUGAAUGCGGCAGUAGCUUUUAGUGGUACAGAACUCGUCGGUCUCGCAGCGGCAGAGACAAAGAAUCCCCAGAAAACCCUUCCCACGGCCACGAAGCAGGUCCUGUGGCGCGUGACCAUAUUCUACAUUGUGAACCUCCUCAUCGUCGGUCUCAACGUUCCACACAAUAGCCCCCAGCUGCUCGGCUCAGGUGACGCAGCGAGUUCCGCUGGAGUCAGCGCAAAUGCCAGUCCCUUUGUCCUGGCCAUUCAAGAUGCUGGCAUCCACGUCCUGCCGUCAAUUAUCAACGCAGUCGUCCUGAUUUCCAGUCUGAGUGUGGCCAAUUCUUCAACAUUCGCCUCUACAAGAACGCUACAAGCCCUAGCCGCCGAUGGAGGCGCCCCGUCAUUUUUCGCCUAUAUCGAUAAGGCCGGUCGCCCUCUGGCCCCAAUCGCUCUCCAGGUGCUCUUCGGCUUCCUAGCAUACCUCCAGUUCGCGUCUUCCGGUCUAACUAUAUUCAACUGGCUGCUUUCUAUUGCUGGCGUGUCAACUGUAAUGAUGAACCUGAGUAUCAACAUGGCCCACAUCCGGUUUCGUCUGGCUCUAAAGGCCCAGAAUCGCAGCACGGACGAAAUUCCAUGGAAGUCCACCCUGGGAACCGUGGGAAGCUCUAUUGGAGCUUUUCUUUCCGCUAUUGCUCUUGUUGCGAUGUUUUAUUCCGCGCUUUAUGCACCGGGUGGGGACCCCCCAAGCGCAUUCAAUUUCUUCCAGCAAUAUCUCGCUGGAUUUAUGGGCCUCGUUCUAAUGAUCUUCUGGAAAGUGUGGAAUCGGCAGUGGUGGCUUGGAGUCCCCCUCCGGCAGAUUGAUCUAGACACUGGCAGGCGAUUUAUGGAAAUGGAGCAGGUUACUCCAGAUGAAACGGGAGAAAGCCUUCCCUGGUGGAAGAGAGCGAAACAGACAAUCUGCUGA